AGCGUCACUUUCUAAGCCAGCCAGCAGUGAGUCUCCACAUCUCAUUUUUCACUUCAUUCUCUGCCGUGCCUAAACUUCUCCAAAAUGAGCUUCAGAAGAUCCAACAUGCAGCAGAUACCUUCUUCCCACAUCUCCAUGACCCGCUCCACACCCCAGUACCGUGCUGCCAGCAUUUAUGGCGGUGCUGGUGGGCAGGGCGCCCGCAUUUCCUCUGUCUCUACGUCUUCCCUGCGGUCUGGUGCCCCAAUCACCUCUUCUUCCUCUGCCUUUAAGCUGAGCAGUGGAAUGAGUGGUGGUAUGGGCUCAGGUUUUGGUGGUGCCGGUGCAUCCAUGGCGACUAGUGGUGCUGGGAUCAUGGGCAAUGAGAGGGGAGCCAUGCAGAACCUCAACGACCGCCUGGCCAAUUACCUGGAGACGGUGAGGAACCUGGAACAGGCCAACAAGGAGCUGGAGAUGAAGAUCAUGGAGGCGCUGGAGAAGGGGGGGCCCGACAUGAGAGACUACAGCAAGUAUGAACCCCUCAUAGACGACCUGCGCAAACAGAUCUUCGAUAAGGUAUCAGAGAAUGCUCGUUUUGUGCUCCAGAUCGACAAUGCCCGUCUUGCUGCCGAUGACUUUAAAGUAAAGUUCGACAAUGAGAUGGCAAUCCGCCAGUCUGUGGAGGCCGACAUUGCUGGGCUGAAGAGAGUCAUAGAUGACACCAACAUGACUAGGAUGAACAUCGAGAGUGAGAUUGAAGCUGUGAAGGAGGAGCUCAUCUUCCUAAAGAAGAACCAUGAGAAUGAGGUGAUGGAGCUCAGGAAUCAGAUCUCCCAGUCAGGCGUGCAAGUGGACGUUGAUGCUCCCAAAGGUCAUGACCUGGCCCAGAUCAUCGAGGACAUGAGGGGCAACUAUGAGAAGAUUGCAGCGAAGAAUUCAGAGGACCUCAAACGAUGGCAUGAAAAUCAGAUUGUGGAUGUGCAGGCGCAGGUUACACAGAACACAGAAGCUCUCCAAGGGGCCCAGAUGGAGAGGAGUGACUUAUCCAGACAGAUACAGACCCUGGAAAUUGAACUUACAUCCCAACAGAGCUUAAAAGCCUCCUUAGAGGACACAUUACGUAACACAGAGCUACGAAACAACUUGGAAACAGAGAAGUACAAUGCCCUUAUUAUCCGUCUGGAGGAGGAGCUGACCAACUUGCGUGCAAACAUCCAGCAUCAGACCCAAGAGUAUGAGGCGCUGCUCAACAUAAAGAUGAAACUGGAGGCCGAGAUUGCCACUUACAAGAGUUUGCUGGAUGGUGGAGACUUCAAGCUCCAGGAUGCGCUGGAUGAGCUGGCGGCAUCAAUCUAAUUUGGAACAAAGAAUCUGUGACCAUCCCAACAAUGAAAGCAGAACCCACAACUAUCCAUUAUGGGAAAAAUUCCAUGCUGGCCCAGUCAACUAAAGCCAAAUUUGAACCAAGACCACAUACCGUGCAGACCUUAAAUGGUUUAAGCAAUUCUGAAUAAAGGCAUUCGACCACACCGCAGUGAAACAGACAGGGCUAUUUCAAAAGCAACCAUUGCCUGACCUGAAAGCAAAAUAAAGAUGAAUAAAACCA